GUUUUGCGAUACUUCCCAGGCGAGUUUAUUGUCGAGGCGCGGGGAGGGUUUCCUGGCAAAGAACCUUUUGAUAUGCUUCCUCGUGAACUCGCCUCCAUCAACCAGCCUGAGGAACGAGCCAUAGAAUACCUUCACCACAUGCAGUUCUUCACGAUCUGGGACAGUGUUGGCCGUGUCGUGGAGUGCCAGAGUCUAGAGGUGUCGAUAAUGAACCGGGAAACCAGGGUUGCUUGAUUAUCGACUAGGCUUACUUAUGAUGCAGUCGUAAAAGUACUUACUUCGGAUGGGAGGAUGCCGGAUGAGACGGGAGACCGUCGUUCCCGCGAGCUAACUCGCAUUCGGCAGAUAUACAUCCCCGGGCUUAUACUGCGGCUGCAUAUCAUGCUCUACUCAUCUUGAGAGCACAUCUUAGACAGGAAUCUGAACCGCGGAUUGGAGCCUGC